AACACUCUUCAUAAAUGAGGUAAUUAUGGUAUACCAGUUUGUACACAAGUUCUUGAAAAUGAAAGAACUCGGGAAAGUUGUGACUGACAUGAACUUAAACAGUUCUGUUCCAGAAAAUGUUAUUGAGCAGAUAAAAAACGAUGUCCAUAAACACAAACUAGUGAUCUUCAAAAAACAAAGCGUGAUAAGUGGUGACAGACAGGUUGAGAUCAGUAAAUGGUUUGGUAAUUUGGAGUCCACUUUUUAUAAACAUCCUCGUUCACCUCAUCCUGAUGUUUUCCGAGUGUCGAAUGACGAAGAUGAAGGUUGUACACACGUAGGACGUACAGGAUGGCACAUUGAUGGGAGUUUUAUGAGGAAACCGUUUGGUUACUCGUUGUAUUACAUGUUCUCUGUUCCAUUAAAAGGAGACACAGCUUUUAUACCACUGAAUGAUUUGUUCAACAGUUUAUCACCAGAGGUAGCAGCGAGAUGGGAAAGAUUAUGGAUGGUUUCAGAUAGAAGAGAUGGUGUUGUCCAUCCAUUGAUAUAUCCUCAUCCCAUUACAGGGUUAAAAACAUUAUGUUUACAUUUAGGAAUGUCAACAGCCUUUAUAUGGGAUUUAGGGUCUGAAAAAGAAAGAAUGACAGAAAGGUCAGAAACUGUGAAAAUAAUAAAGGAAAUAUAUCAAGAAAUCGUCAAAGAUGAUGGAAGACUCAUUUAUUCUCACAAGUGGGAGGAAGGUGAUUUCAUUAUAUCAGACAAUUUAGCAGUAGGCCAUGAAGCCUCCGAGGAAACGCAGUAUUCAAAAGAUGAAGUAGGAUUGAGAAUAUUACAUAGGACUACUAUUGAAGGAAAACAUGAACCUCAUAAAUGAAACAAACUAAUAUGUUAAAACAGAUAUAAAAUAUUAAAUCAAUCUAUGUACAAUGUAUAUAUAUAAAAAGAUGUGGUAUGAUUGUCAAUGAGAUAACUAUUCACAAGAGACCAAUUGACACAGGUCACCAUAUAUGAGUGUAUGUAAUAAAAUGUAAGCUUGAAGCAUGGUCUUCCUAUAUGUAAUGUGUUGGUAUUGGAAUUUUAAUGUAUGAACAGUACUAUAAAAUGUUGAAAUCUAUAGAAGUAUGAGAACAGUAUUAUUGUUAUUAUGACAUAUCAAACAAAUACAUACAAUGGUCAUAUUUUAUGUUUUAUAAGAUUAUUGUGCCAUUAAAUUUUAGCCAUA